AUGAUGAUUAUUAUUGUUAUAAGUAUUCUUUUCCAUUUUGUGAUUACAUUUACUAGAUGUAAUCCAAUUCUAUCAGUAUUGCGACCACCUUAUCUAACUGAUGAAGAUUUUGAACGAGGCAAAGCGUUAACACUCGAAGAACAUGGCUUAAAUUGGACUGAUUUCCGUGAACAUUUUCCAUCUCAUUUCAAUACUCGUGCCAAUGUAUGGAUUGCUCCAAGAUACAAAUGGCCAAAUGCAAGAGUUCCAUAUGUGAUCAGUUCGCUGUACAAUGACAAAGAAAGAGCAAUAAUUGCAGAGUCCAUUCGAGAAUGGGAAUCAAAAACGUGUAUCAGGUUUGUUUCAGCAUCUAGCCAAGAUCGUGACUAUCUCGAAUUGACGCCUAACGAUGGAACGAACAACUACUGCUAUUCAUAUGUUGGUCGACAAGGUGGACGACAAUUUGUGAAAAUGUAUGCGCCAACAUGUAUGAGUGUUGGACAGUACGCCCAUGAAUUAGGUCAUGCUAUUGGCUUUGGACAUGAACAUCAGAGACCUGAUAGAGACAACUAUAUUGAAAUUAAGUGGGAAAAUAUUGAUACGAGUAAGAAAAUUCAUUAG